AUGACAACAGCGAUUUGCUCGUAUGAAAACAUUCGUCAAAUAACAUCAUGUACUGUCUGUAAUCGCACGUUUAAAGACCCACGAAUUUUACCAUGUGGUCACACAUUCUGCGUCGAUUGUAUAAGAAAUACAAUGCUUGAUACAACUAUCAUGUCCUGUCCGAAUUGCUUGGCUAAACAUACGAUUGUGAAUGUUGAUUUGUUAUCACAAAAUGUUGCUUUGAUGCAGUUGUUGCAUAUUCGAAAAAUUGAUAUUGUUCAGAAUAAACAAUGUGCGAUAUGCAAUGUGCAACCGUCGAUCACAUCAUGUGCACAUUGUUCUCGUCAAGCGUGUGUUUCAUGUUUAGAAAUUCAUCGACAAGAAGUUAUUGGAGAAAUCACACGUGAAACAAUGGAAAUCGAACGAAUGAGUGAAGAAUUGAAGUUAACAUUGAAUCAAUCGGCGAAUGAUUUUCGAGAUCAAUGUGAUGAAACAUUUCAACAUGUGAACAAACGUUUUGAUGAAAUGCAAAAGAAUUUAAAGUUAUUAAAUGAACGUUUGUGUCAGAAAAUUCAAGAAUUUCAUGAUCAACGUCAAGCGGAUUUGACACGAUGUGUUGCUCGUCUUCAUACGGAAAUUCAAUCAAUCGAUAAAUUCGUUCUCGAUUCCAAACAUUUACUCAUCGAUGUCAAUGUCCAAUAUUCUUUAUAUCAACAGUUACAGAUAAUACCUGACGUGACAUUGGGUUUAACUAUUGAUGCACCACGAUCCAUUCGUUGUGUACGAGACUUAUUAUUUGUUACAUCAAGUUUAUCGAAAAGUAUUUUUGUUUUUACAAUUGAUGGAGAAUAUCGUGGAGAAUUAAGACAUGAAUUAUUCGCCAAACCGAUUGGAAUUCUUUUCAUUGAUGAUAGUCUUUAUGUAACUGAUUGUGAUAAACAUGCGUUAUUUCAUUUUAAUGGAGUUUUGCAAUAA